AAAAAAAGACUCAACUUGUUGCACAUAAUGAAAUGGAGAGUGGUGGUAAUUUUAGCCUUGUGUCUUUAGUGAAAUGCUUCAAUGGGUGCAAAGAUCAAGCUCAAGUCUCUAGUUUUGGAACAAGGAUUUGGAAUUUUAGUGAUAAAUCAAUUGAAUUGCAAAUAAGGGUUGGUUCAAUCUUGAAGAAAGUUCAUACAUUGAAACCAGGAUCAUCAAAGAGGCUAAAUUCCAAGAAAAUUUACAAGGCUUAUAUGCCUAGUAAUAAUAAUUAUUAUAAAGGUGGAGUUGAGAGUUUACUUUAUUAUUAUGAUGAAUCUUGCCAACCUUAUAUUUGGAUUAAUGAUACUGGUUGUGAUUUUUCAAGAAUGGUGAAACAACAAUACAUAAGUCUUGAAGAUUUGAGGGAUUGUUCUGAGCUUAAAAUAUUUAGAGAUCAUCAAAGAGGUUGCAUUUCUGUUAGGAAGAAACCAAGAACAGAACUUUGUUGAUUAAGUUCUU